AUGGACGGGCUGAUUUUGGAAGGCAAGGACGACGGCAAGAGCAACAAGGUGCACAUCCGUAUGCAGCAGCGCAACGGUCGAAAGAGUUGGACCACGGUCGCCGGCUUCCCCGAGUCGGUGCGACUCCCGAAGUCCGGGAAGGUGCUGCAGGUGGAUUUCGAGAAGAUCUUGCGAGCGCUGAAGAAGACCUUCAAGACCAAUGGAGUGCAUCACAGGGACCCUGAUCAUGGCAGCGUGCUGCAGCUGCAGGGAGAUAUCCGCAAAGACGUAGCAGAUUGGCUGGUAGAGGCCUGCGCCUUUGGUUCCUCUGCAGAGCGAGGCUUGGCAAGCCUGACUCUCCUCACCAGACCACGUUCAGGUGAAGAAGUGAAGCCAGCCCAGGAGCAUCGGAGGCGUUCGAGCUCGAGCUCUGGCGAUGGGAGGCAGUGUGUCACGCCCAUGGCAGCAGAGCACAGCGAGGCCUCGGAAAAGAUCAAGGCACGGAUCCAGUGCUGCCUACAGAGCCGCGCGGGCAACGGGAGGAGCAAGCAGUGGAAGGGUGAGGCUGUGGUGCAAAGUACUGAAAAAGUCCCAGAACCAGUGCCCGAGAAGCCCCGAGGCCGCAAGUCUUUGAGGGGUGACAGCAGGUCACCCAACGUUGGGGCCAAGGAGGGCUUGGUGACCAGCUCUCGCUCCACGUCUGCUGGGGUGAGCCCACAGCGUGAUCAGAGCAACAGAUCCACAGGCCCGCCUGCUGCUUUUGCUCCGCCGGUGACGCGUGCGCAGCGGGUGCUGGGGCGAACUCCUAGCCCACCGCGGGAGAAAACUCCAGAGCCGCAAGGAAACAAUCUUUUGGAUGUUUAUCGCAGCAUCUUCGAGGAGAUCAUCCAGUUGGAUCACCAGUACGGGGCCACACUCCGAAAGGUGAAAUCGAUCUACGAUUCUCAUUUGGAUGGCAUCACCGAGUUGCGCCGGGAGAACGACCGACUUCGGGCAGCUCUUGCACCAGGUGCAUGGAGUCAGCUCCGGCCCUCCCCAAGCGUGGCGGGGCCUUUGGCAGUGCCCGUGGGCGCGCCGUUGGGUGUCGCCCAGCAAUUUCCGCUGAACGGUGCUGGGCGGCCACAAGCAGUGCCCAGGUUGAAUUUGCAAGGAUUGUAUCCUGCCAAUUGA